AUGGCCACCCAUCAUCAAAGCCAUGCGGAGAACACGCCCUUAGAUACUUCUUUCAACGUGGUGGCCGUGUCACUGUCACGGGCAGCCACCCAAAUGAUGCACUCGCGGCCGACCUUGACAGCCAUUGUCCGAUCGCCCUCGAAAGCACCGCUGACUCUCACCCCCGAGAACGGGAUUGAGGGGCACAAGUCUGCGGUACACGACGCUCAAGUCUACGCCUUUUUCUCAAAGCACUAUGACUUCUGGACCUCCCGACUAAAUAUCCAACGGUCAACGUGGGACUGGGCGUUUUGGGGAGAGAACCUGACACUGGACGUGCCGGAAGGUGUGGACGAAAGGAACAUCAUGCUGGGGGACCGUUGGGUGUUCUCAAGCCAGUCUGCAGAUGCAAACGGCCGGAACACAUCUGGCGAGAACGCAGAUCUCCACGAUGAGUCGUCCAGCGGACCAGUCAUCCUCGAAGUAUGCGGCGGGCGGAGCCCUUGCUCGCGGCUGGCGUGGCGAUGCGGACAACCGGCCAGCUGGCUGGUCGAGGUCGCAAAAACCGGAUUCUGCGGCGUCUAUCUCAAGGUCAUUCAAGGAGGUUCGAUCGCAGCUGGCGACAAGGCAACUGUUAUCCCGACCGAGAGCAAAGAGACGGUUCCAGCCGCGACCAUCGCCCAGUGUUUAUUCGCACCCCUUACAGACCCCACCACACGAACCAUGGCGGAGCGCAUUCUCCGCGUCGGAGGCCUACAGAACAUGAACAGGAAGACAGUGUCACGCAGGCUGGCGAUGAUCGAAGACAGCGAGGCGGCGGGCCGGAACCGGUGGCGUGGAUGGCGGGCGCUCAAGGUAAUCAGAGUUGUCGAUGAGACCGCGUCUGUGAAGUCCUUCUAUCUUGCCCCAGCAGACGACAAGCCAUUGGCGGAUUACGUCCCGGGACAGUUCCUCACUUUCAAGCUCCCCUCCGGCCAGAUUCGCUGUUGGUCUAUUUCUUCGUGGACGCCGUCCAGCACGACCUCGGUCCCCCCAUUAUACCGAAUUACUGUCAAAAGAGGUGCAUCUUGCUCGCUUUACCUUCACUCCAAAGUACGUGCUGGUGACACUCUAAUGGCACGCUCUCCAUCUGGGACUUUUGUGCCUGAUUGGGCAGAGGCAUUCCCCCAUCGUCAGCUCUACAUUUGCGCUGGAAUCGGCCUGACGCCAAUCCUCAAUAUGAUCCAAGCUCAUUUCGUCCAUCCAACACUAAGCAAGACCCCGGCUGUCUUGAUAUAUGUCACUCAAAACAGUGGAACGGACGUCCCAUUGAUGAAGACCGAGAUUCCAACUUCUCCAUACCUUCGUGUCAUCAAGUUCUACACCGCACCGAAACACGAUGUGGAUGUCCAAGGCAGAGACUAUGAUCACGUGGGCCGGCCUACCCUAGACAUCUUGUCUGCCGUGCUGCAGGAGCCGUACCACAUUGAUCCGUUGGGAGUGACACCCAUCGAAUUGCAAGGUAACACGUCCAACUCUUACAUAUGUGGGCCGGAAGGCUUCAUCGAAAACAUGAAAGCAUACCUCGACCAGUGCAAGGUUGCAACCAAGGACAUUCACUACGAAACCUUCACGUACGGCCCAUCUGAUGGCAAUGACCCGGCAAGCAUGGACGGCUUAGAUCUGCCGCACAAGGCGAAUGUGCGCUUUCGGGGAAAGGAAUGCACAUGGGAUAAGGCUGAUGGUCUUUCACUUUUGGAGUUCAUGGAACAAGAGGGGCAAGGCGAUAAUCCUGAAUCAGCCUGUCGAUCGGGUGAGUGUGGGACUUGUGAGGUCCGGAUCCUGAAUGGAGAAGCUCUUGUAUCGAAGACCGCUGGCAAGGAGGCAAGAGAGGCUACUGGAAAGUCCGGGACCAUGAUCAGAUCUUGCUGCUCCUUUCCAGCAAGUAAUGUCCUAGAGCUCGAGUUUUAA